AUGAAGUUCUUCGCCGUCGCCGCUCUCUUCGUCGCCAGCGCCAUGGCCAGCCCAAUGGGCAGCGAAGGAUGCCCAGGUGGUCUUACUAACACCGUUCCGCUCUGCUGUGCCACCAACGUCCUCGGCGUCGCGACCCUCGAUUGCAGCACCCCCACUGUUCCGGUACCCAAUGUCGGCAUCUUCCAGGCCCACUGUGCUUCCAAGGGCAAACAGCCUGUCUGCUGCACUGUUCCCGUUGCCGGCCUGGGCCUCCUUUGCCAGAAGCCCACUGGAGCCCAGUAG